ACCGGCACCGGCGCGGCCGCUCCGCACCGCCGCCACCACCGCCGGCUUCUCCAUCACCGCCGGCCCCUCCGCCACCGCCCCCUCCGCCAUGAACUCGCUGCUCUUCGGGGAGAUGGCCCGCGCCUUCUCCCCCGCCGCCGCCGCCGCCUCCUCCUGCCCGCUGGGCCCCGGCGGCGGCGGCCCCGCGGCGGCCGGGGGGGGCCCGCCGGUGACGGCGGCGCUGCGGAACGACCUGGGCUCCAACAUCCACCUGCUCAAGGGGCUGAACGUGCGGUUCCGCUGCUUCCUGGCCAAGGUGCACGAGCUGGAGCGGCGGAACCGGCUGCUGGAGAAGCAGCUGGCGGCCCAGCAGAGCGAGCGCGACCGCCGGCUGCGCUACAAGACCUUCUCCCGGGACCAGGCGGUGCAGACGGACGGCGGGACCCCGCCGCUGGGGCCGCCGCCGGGCCCCGGGCACGGGGCGCUGCCGUCGCCGCCGCACUACGGGCGCCUGCCCGGCACCAUCUGGAGCUACACCCAGGUGCGGCGCACCGGCGGCGGCGGCCUGGAGACCGUGCAGGGCCCCGGCGUGUCCUGGGUGCACCCGGACGGCGUCGGGGUGCAGAUCGACACCAUCACCCCCGAGAUCCGCGCCCUCUACAACGUGCUGGCCAAAGUCAAGCGGGAGCGCGACGAGUACAAGAGGAAAUGGGAAGAGGAGCUGACCAGAAGGAUGAGCCUGGAAUCCAUGGUGGAAACCCUGAGAGAGGAGGCCCAGGAAGCAGAAGCUCUCCAGGAGGAGCUGAAUGAGAAGAUUGAGAGGCUGAAGGCAGAGCUGGUGGUGUUUAAGGGUCUGAUGAGUGAUCCCAUGACAGACCUGGACACAAAGAUCCAAGAAAAGGCCAUGAAGGUGGACAUGGACAUCUGCCGCCGAAUCGAUAUCACGGCCAAGCUGUGCGAUGUCGCGCAGCAGCGCAACUCGGAAGACGUUUCCAAGAUUUUCCAGGUGGCUUCCAAGAAGAAGGAGCGCAAGCUGCCGUCGGACGAGGAGCUGUCGGAGCAGGACGCCGACAACGGGCGCUUCUCGGAUGACGAGGUCAGCUGCUCCCUCAACAUCACGGAUGAGAUGAAGAGGAUGUUCAACCAGCUCCGUGAGACGUUUGAUUUCGAUGACGACUGUGACAGUUUAACGUGGGAGGAGAACGAGGAAACGCUGCUGCUGUGGGAGGACUUCACCAACUGCAACCCCUCCAUUGACCUCCAGGGAGAGGAAGAAAACCUGGGAAACUUGAUCCACGAGACAGAGUCUUUCUUCAAAACGAGAGACAAGGAGUACCAGGAGACAAUAGGGCAGAUAGAGCUGGAACUGGCCACAGCCAAGAGCGACAUGAACCGGCACCUGCACGAGUACAUGGAGAUGUGCAGCAUGAAGCGGGGCCUGGACGUGCAGAUGGAGACCUGCAGGAGGCUCAUCAAGGGCUCAGCUGACAGGAAUUCUCCGUCCCCCAGCUCCGUAGCCAGCAGUGACUCAGGAAACACAGAUGAAAUUCAGGAUGAUUUGGACAGAGAGACGGACGUGGAGCCCAUGGUCAGCUGAUAGCAAGUGGGAGCAUUCCAGUCAAGGGCAAGAUGGAGAGAGAAGAUUCCAAACCAAUUGCUGGGGGAAAGGUGAAAGACUCGAGAGCCCCUGCAGAGGGACUCUGAGGACUCAUUCCUACACGCAUCCCCUCCCAGCCAAGGAUUGGUGCUGUACAUUUCUAUUGUUCUACAAACCAUAAAUGCAGAGUCCUGUAGGAAAACACGGUGUUUUAAUUGUGCCUUUGCCCCAAGCUGAGCCACUUUGAGCUCCAGUGGAAUCUUAAUAGCAGGUGUUUUUAUAAAAUAUAUUAUUUAAAAAAGUAAAAACCAACCAAAGCUGGUGGCAGCAGAGGAUGGUGCUGCAGAAGCUCUGGGUACUUCAAUAAGCUGCUGGUUUUACUGAGCUGCUGCACUGAUUGGCAAAAGCAACAUUGGCAAAAAGAGCAGCAAAACCAAGACAAUUGUGGUGCAAUUACUGAUGUGUGGCACAAGAAAAAAAAGAAUUGCCUCCAAAUUGAACUGCAAAUGUUUAAAAACAACAGCGAGUUUGGAGGCAGCUCACAGGGUGAAGCAGUUCUACAAAAUUCAGAGGGCUUUCUUCAUCCCACCUUUUGGGGUGAGGGAGCCUUUGGGAUGUGUCCAAGGUUUCUUCUGGACUCCAGGACCUGGAGGAGCAGGACUCAGCUCGGUGGCAAAGCAGGGGGGCACAGGAGGGGUCACUGGGGGGGGACUAUCACUGAGUAACUACUAUGCAAAAACAAAAAAAAAAGCUCGCCUUAUUUAUAUGGAAUGUUUGGUCCCUGCUGGGCUACAGUUAUCCCUUGGGAAAAGGAAAGCUAAACCCACAUUUGCACACUUAGAUGUCUGUAGAGCUUCUUUUGAGGUGGAAUGUCAUAUCACAAUGCCUUUGUUUCCAGUGGUUGGGUUAGGAGGGGAGUCAGCCCUGGUUUGUGUCUUUUUUCAGGGCUUUUUUUUUUAAGUGUUUGCAGAUUUUCCUUUGCAGACAGAGAGAUAAUUCCAUUUUAUGCUGCUUCCAUGAUGUGUAGAGUGGGGUAGGUGAAGCAUCAGGAUAAACUGACCUAGGUGUAGGCUGGAGACAGGACUUUGGGAGGGCUCCAGACCACUCUUCUUGGGGGAUGCUGAGCACUGGGAAAUGCUGUAAUCCUUUUUAGGGUGUAGUAAACUAAAUCCCAAAGUGCUGCUGCCCUGGAACUGGGGAGGAACAGCCACGUGCUUUCUCUGUGAGAAAGUGGCAAGAUCUUGGCUUUGCCCAUCUUUCUGUAUUUUUACCCAGGAGAAGCAGCACCAAAGUCGGAUCACACGGUGGUGGCUGAGGAAACUGCAGCCCCACCAAGCUCUUUGUGGUUAGAAUGGGAAUUGUAGCACCUCAGCCAGGUAAAAACAGGGUAUAAACCUCAGCCAAUAACUUUUUCUUUGUUUUUAAACCAAGAUUGAGAGUGUAGUUGAUACUGCCCAAAGCCAGCUGUGGGGUUAAGCAGUGGUUGGAACUCAGAGUAAAUACCAAAUGUGUUGUUUUGCCUGCCAGGAGGUGCUGUGCAGGAGCAGUGUUAGGGCUGGACAGGGAAAAUCCCGAUUUUUGCACCCUCUCAGUGUUAUGGAAAGGCAAAGUGGCCAGUCCUGUGAGCUUCCUGAGUGGUGUUCCCAAGCCUCUGGAUCUCUGGAGUUGCACUGCAAGCAAGCAGCCAGUGCAGAUCCUGCUGCUGCAUUCCCUAGAGAGCACAGGUCUCUUGGAAAAUGGCUCAUUCCUGCCUGGCAGCUCCUCAGUCUGGCCUGGCCAUGGAGAGGGGCAGGGCCUGGGGGGUUCCUGGUGGGACUGUGGGCACAGGAAUGUUUUUCCUCCUGUGCUGCUGUCAGCUCCACCUCCUGCCUGGGCACAGCUUUGAGGCCACGUGGGUCAGAGGAGCUCCCUGCCUUUCCCAGGCUGGGAAGGGGGACCAGGCUGAUCCAGCAGCAUCCACAGCAUGCAGGGCACCAGCCACAGCUGAUGGCUUCUGUCCAAGCCCCUGGAGCCAAGGAUAUUCCUGUGGUGUCCUUACUGGUGGCAAUACCCAGUGCAGAGUAGGUGACAACUCCUUGGGUCCUGCGGUGAGGGGCUUUCCAAAGCCUGGUCUGUCCUGUAAAUAACUUUUCUCUGGAAGAGAAACCUCAUUCCAAAGUGCUCAUUCCUGUUAUUUCUUAGGUGGCCAAAGUGGUAAAUGUGAUGUUCACUAGGGCUGCAAGCUAGGGGGUGGGUGGGUGGGGAUUUGGGGUGUUUUUUGGGCUGGGACUGCAUGUUUGAAAUCUGCAAUUUGAAGGGUUUUGAAGGGUUUUGAACUUCAGCUGCUCCCGAGGAGCCUCUCCUGAGGCUGAGGAAGCGUCUGCCAAGUCUGGAUGUCUGUGAUGCUUCAGUGGCUGGGGCAGGCAUUGCUCAGCACAGUGAAUCAGCUCCUGGAGCCUGCCCCAGCUCCCUUCCUGGCUCCCUUCCUGCCGGGAAUGCUCCUGGAGCCUGCCCCUGGUUCCUCUUAUCCCAGGAACACUCCCAGAUCCUGCCCCUGGCUCCUCUCACCCCAGGAACACUCCCAGAUCCUGCUCCUGGCUCCUCUUAUCCCAGGAACGUCCUGAAGCCUGCUCCUGGCUCCUCUUAUCCCAGGAACACUCCCGGAGCCUGCUCCUGGCUCCUCUUAUCCCAGGAACGUCCUGAAGCCUGCUCCUGGCUCCUCUUACCCCAGGAACACUCCCGGAGCCUGCUCCUGGCUCCUCUUACCCCAGGAACACUCCUGGACCCUGCCCCUGGCUCUGCCCACUCGGGAAUGCUCCCAGAGCCUGCCCCUGGCUGUCCCCUCCCAGAGCCUGCCCCUGGCUGUCCCAUCCCGGAGCCUGCCCCUGGCUCUCCUCACCCCAAAAUGCUCCUGACACCCCAGCCCCAGCAGCUGUUGGGGUCGUGCUGUCCUUCCACUCUGGGUUUGUUAUUUUUUAUUAAAACUGACUGUCCCAGUAGGAAAAAGGCUGAGUGUUCCCAAACCCAGGAGCUGUUGUGCUGAGGGCAGGGAGUUCCCAAGCAGGAAUUUGGGUGUGGGGUGGGCAGGAGCACCCACAGUGGGUGCUGAGGGAAUUCCCACAGCUGGAAUUGGGGUGAGGGGUGGGCAGGAGCACCCACAGUGGGUGCUGAGGGAAUUCCCACAGCUGGAAUUGGGUGUGGGGUGGGCAGGGGCACCCACAGUGGGUGCUGAGGGAAUUCCCAUAUCAGGAAUUGGGUGUGGGGUGGGCAGGAGCACCCACAGUGGGUGCUGAGGGAAUUCCCAUAUCAGGAAUUGGGGUGAGGGGUGGGCAGGAGCACCCACAGUGGGUGCUGAGGGAAUUCCCACAGCUGGAAUUGGGGUGUGGGGUGGGCAGGAGCACCCACAGUGGGUGCUGAGGGAAUUCCCAUAUCAGGAAUUGGGUGUGGGGUGGGCAGGAGCACCCACAGUGGGUGCUGAGGGAAUUCCCACAGCAGGAAUUGGGGUGAGGGGUGGGCAGGAGCCCCUGCAGUGGGGUGGGUGGGAGGGGUGUGGGUGCAGUAGAGGGUGUAGAGCUCACGUGCACGGGGGUGAUGUGUAGGACAGUAGAGGUUCCCAUGGUGUCGUGUCUUUCUUGUAACCACAUGUAAUCCAUUUUUCAAGAAGGUGUUUUCAUACUCGGGUCGGGGUUUAUUUUCACUUAGGCUGGGCCAGCCUUUUGGGGGCAGCUGGGGUUGGUCCUUGGGGGUUUUCCUGGAGGUCGUUGGUUCCAAGUCCAGCCGUGCUGCUGCUCCUGCUCCGUGUGUGUGGCACCACUCCAGAAACAGAUCAAAGCUUGCCAGAGAAAAAAGAGAAAAAAAGGAAUUUACUUGUAAAAAUGCUGGAAAUUAUUUUGAUGACCUCUUUCUUUUUUCCUUUGUAAAGCUGUAAAUACUUUAUUUUCAUUUUCUAUUCUUAAUGCGGUGUCAUAUUGACACUUUUUUAGAUUUACAGUCAGAAAAUCCUCCUCAUCGUUUCUCAUUUUUUAAAAGGGGAUUUCAAGGAAGCAAAUUUUUUUGCUCGCUAGCAGUGUAAUAAUAGAUCAAAUUCCUAAACUGGGUUUGUACAAAAAUGUUUUCAGUAAACAAGUGGCAGUUUGUGGAUGCAUGUUGUUCAAAAAUGUCCAAAGAAUAAUGUGGUACAAAUGUUUUAAAGAAUAAUGUGGUACAAACAUGUUUUUCAAGACUUAGUGAUGAUCAUCUUAGUUCACACAAGGGAAAAAGCAAAAUUCUUUAAAAAAAAAGUUUAGGGGGAAUGUAAUGAAACUCAUCUAAGCUAAAUGUGUAAUCUAUUUAUAAAAACACAGUAUAUAUUCUAUUUUUAUCAGAGGUUUUUAAAAUGCAAACAGAUUUCUGUUGGCAGAUGCAAUCAUUCCCUUGUAAAGUCUCUUCUGCUCUGAUGGGACCCCCAAAUUCUCUGAUGGUUCCAAGAGUCAACGUGGAAAUAACCGGGACAGGUUUGGCUUGGAGCACUCACAGGUGGCUUCCUCCAGGGGAGGCUGCAGCUUCAGCAUCUCUUCUGCCUCUGCAGAGUGGAUGCUGUGAUUUUAUUCCCUUCCCUGGGAUUUUAUUCCCUUCCCCUGACUGGGAGGAUGCUCCUGGAAGGGGUCAGGACCUCCUGGAUGCCAGGAGCGUGGCAGGACAGGGGUUAAACUCUGCCUGGAUAAUAAAAAAUUAAAUACAAAUUAUAUUUGUACCUGUAGAAAUUGGGAUUAACUCACAAAACAACAGAUGGGAAUCGUGCCUGAAUAUGCAUCCAGAGCUGCUUCUAAAGUGAGAUUAUAUUAAUUUUCCUUCCCAUGAUCUUUCCUGCCAGCAAAAACAGGAGCUGGCUGUGGAAGGGCCGUGGGUGCUCCCAGAGCUGUUCCUGGUGUUUCCCUUGGCUCUGGGAGGAUGUUUGUGUUGGAAGAGCUGCAGGGCUGGGAGGUUUCACGUUCGAGUGCUUCAUUUUAGAGCUGAGUGUUUAAGGAGUGAUUUAUCCCGGCUAAAUUAAGACAUCCCAGCGCUUGCACGAGGCAGGGACGCCCCAGUGAGGAUUUUCCACCCUUGGCUUCAGGACUUUUGGGGUUUUUGUCCUUCUGCUCGGCUGCAGGGCAGCACACAGCUUCUAAAGCUCUUUGCCCUUGGGGCUGCCACCCAAACACUGGAUUUUAAGCUUUUUAGCGGGAUGUAAUUUGUGUCCCUGUGAGUUUUAAUUGAGAAACAAAAUUACCAACGAGGCAGCAGGCGGUGUCCUGGUGGGAAUAACAGCCGAGGUGAGCUGGGAGCUCUGCCUGCCAAAUUCUCCGUGGGAAUGGGAUCGCAGCCCCUCUCCCUGCAGAGGGAACACUCAGGGCUCGGCCAGGCCCUUGGCGGGGAAACACUCGAGCCUUCCCUUCUGUUUUUGUGUGAGCUCGGUGUCCUCGGACCCUUCUGCAUUUGCAGGAGCCUCUCAAAGCUUCUCUUUUGAAGGAGCAACAAAUUGUGUUUAAAUGUGGGUAUUUGAUUGCAGGAAUCACCAUUCCCCCCUAAUCUGAGGCACUCCAGCAGUGAAGCCCUUGGGAAGGGGGUGCUUGUUGGUCUGGCCAGCUCCCUUUUUUUGGAAAUCAGGAUGUUAAAGCUUAAAGCAACCCCUGGGGUGGCUUCAAAGCAGUGUCAUCUCUGUGGCAGAGCAGCCCAGAGUACCAGAGUGCCACAAAGCCGGAGGAGCCGCCCAGACUGCCACCCCCAAAACCCCAAAUUUCUGUUUUAUUGGAGAGGGUUUGAGGGCGGUCCAGCCUCAGUCACUAAAACACACUCCUUUGUGUAACCUGGUUUCACCAAAUAACUCACAAUCCAGUCCCUAAAACACCUUCCUGUGGUUAACGUAAAUGUAGCGACCUUCUGCCAAAAAAGAUUAUUUAUUAUUUAUCGUGUUCAAGGGGGGGAUUGAUGCCUCUUCCCUCCUGCUGUGUCACUUCUUGUCGGUUCCUCUUUAGGUCACUUAAGAGUUUCUUUUAUCCCCACGACAAUGAACUACUGCUGGUGUGGGAACGCCCCUGGUUACCGUCCCCGUGUAAAUACUGUGCUUUAUAUUCUGUAUAUUAGCUAAUUUUAAUGGAAAAGACUGGACUGAUGAUGCUGUUGGAUGACCCCGGGUGGGGAAAGGCCGGAGGAUGACCCAGCUCCCGGGCUUUGGGGCUGGAAUUGCGUGCUGGGAGCCCGCAGCAGCUGCAGUGGGACCCCACCAGUGGAUCUGGGACCGCGAAAUCGAGAAUCCAACCCACGAGGAGGAGCCCCGAGAACUCCCUCAGCCAGAGCCACAACCACCCGCCCUCCUCUGAGCUCGGCGGAUUUGCUCCGUUUUCCUUUUUUUAGUGCCAAAACCGAUCCCACCGUCCCCUCCCAGGUGUGCCGGCAGCUCUCCGUGUGCUGCUGCGGUGUCCGGCCCGGGUCCGGCCCGGUUCCAGCCCGGGUCCGGCCCCGGUCCAGCCCCUCCGUCCUGCCCGGUCUGGCUCAGCCCGCGGUGCCGGACCUGAAACGGGUCCCAGUCGGUCUCUGGUGACGAUGAAAACCACAAAAAACUAUAAAAUAAAUACCAAACUCCUGGUUGA